UGUGACAGGUGUCAACAAGGAUCAGGUGUGUCCUGCUGUUCUCCAGUAAAUGCUUGUUGUGGUGUGUGAACGGCCCAAACAGCGUGUCAGAUUCGUCUCAUGUAAUCUGUUAAUCUGGGGGAGUGUCUCCUGUUAACCAAGGAGGACCAGAGGAGGACCAGAGGACGACCCCUCUCGGUGUAACCACGCCCAAUCAGCUGUUUCCUCAACUUCUGCAGGAGCUCAUGUGAAAACUUUUCCUCCUUCUGUUUUAGUGUGUCUCAACCGAUGGUAGACUCCACCACGUUGUGUUUCGGGAUUUCAAUUUGUGUAAUCCAGUCAUCAUGAUGUCCUCUCUGUCGGAGCAGCAGUGGUGUCCCAGCAGCGUCCAGGUAACGGUGCAACAAGCCCGAGGCCUCCGGAUAAAGGGCAAGAGCGGCACCAACGAUGCGUACGCAGUGAUGCAGGUGGGCAAGGAGAAGUUCCAGACCUCGGUGGCGGAGAAGAGCGUGGCUCCGGUGUGGAAGGAGGAGGCCAGCUUCGACCUGCCGCCGCUGCUGCUGCAACACGGAGGAGGAGGAGGAGGAGGAGGAGGAAGAGACACGCUGCAUGUCCACGUCCUGCACCGGGCCCUGGUGGGACCAGACAAGCUGCUGGGACAGGCUGUCAUCAACCUGCUGCAGCUCAGCGAGGACAGCACCCGCAACAAGACCGAAUGGUUUAAGUUGCUGGACAAGAGUGGCAAGCCGGACAAAGACAGAGGAGAGGUGCUUGUGGACAUCCAGUUCAUGAGAAACAACAUGACCGCCAGCAUGUUUGACCUCUCCGCUGCCGGAAAAUCCAAAUCUCGCCUGGGCAAGUUCAAGGACAAAGUUCGUGGCAAGAAAAAGGAAUCUGACACCAUGUCUAACGUGGUGCCGUCCUUCGCCCAGGUUCUGACAGACAGCGAGGAGGAGGGGAACCGGGACGGCGAGGUAGCCGCGGUCAAGGGCGAGAAAAAGAAGAAGCAUAAGAUGAAGUCUUUGUUUUCUCCCAAGUCUAAUCUGCAGAAGAACAUUUCUCAGUCCAUGUCUGUCCUGCCUGGGAAGAACUCCUCGCUGAGCGGCAGCCAGUCUUCUGGUCUAAAUGUGGAUUCCUCUGAAGGUAAAAAGAAGUUCAAGUUCCUCAAACAUAAACGUUCAGGCAGCUCAGACAGCAAAGAUUCCUCCUCUGGUCAACAAAAACAAGGCGCUGCCGAACAGAGUAACGUGUGCAUCAAUGGCAGUCACGUAUACUGUGAAGAGCCGCCGCUCCGGACCUCUCGCAUCGGCUCCAACUUCAGUCUGGCCAGUUCAGGCCACGGAUCCAUGGAGGACGUCCCCGAAAGCUCUCCUCCAUCCGUUGACUCACUGAGGGCGAUGAGGCAGUAUUCACCCUGGACGGAGGAGGAGGAAGAGGAAGUACAAAGCAUACAAGAGGAUGUGGGUGCUGAACUAAGAACGGAGGAAGAGGAAAAGAUUAGAAUGGGAGAGGAGAGGAGGAGAAAAGAAGAGGAAGAGGAGAGGGUUAGAAGACAAGAAGAAGAGCUUGAGAAGUUGGCUGAGGAGAAGAGGAGACAAGAGGAAGAAGAAAGAAGGAGGACUGAAGAAGAGAGAGUUAAAAGGGAGGAAGGGGAAAGGAUUAGGAGGGAGGAGGAAGAGAGAAGGCAACAAGAGGAAGAGGAGAGGGUAAGGAGAGAAGAAGAGCGUGAAAGAUUAGCAGGGUUAAAGAGGAGACAAGAGGAAGAAGAAAGAAGGACUGAAGAAGAGAGAGUUAGAAAGGAAGAAGAGGGGAGGAUUAGGAGGGAGGAGGAGAAGGUUGAGGAAGAGAGGAGGAGACAGGAGGAAGAGGAGAGGGUAAGGAGAGAAGAAGAGGAGCGUGAGGAAAAGAGAAGGCUUGAAGAACAAGAAAGUAGGCAAAGAGAGGAGGAAAGGAUUAGGAUGGAGGAAGAGAGGGCUGAGGAAGAGAGGAGAAGACAAGAGGAAGAGGAGAGAGCGAGGAGACAAGAAGAGGAGGGUAAGAUAGCAGGAAAGAGGAGGCAUGAGGAACAAGAAAGGAGGCGAAGGGAGGAAGAGGAAAUGAUUAGGAUGGGGGAGGAGAAGGCUGAGGAAGAGAGGAGGAGACAAGAAGAAGAGGAGAGGGCAGGGAGACAAGAAGAGGGUAAGAUAGCAGGAGAGAGGAGGCUUGAGGAACAAGAAAGGAGGCGAAGGGAGGAAGAGGAAAGGAUUAGGAUGGAGGAGGAGAAGGCUCAGGAAGAGAGGAGGAGACAAGAAGAAGAGCAUAAGUUAGCAGAGCAAAAGAUAAGACUGGAAGAAGGAAGGAGGAUUGAAGAACAGAAAGUUAAAAAGGAGGAAGAGGAGAGGAUCAGGAGGGAGGAGGAGAGGGGUGAAGAAGAGAGGAGGAGACGAGAGGAAGAGGAGAUGAUGAGAAGACAAGAAGAGGAGCGUGAGGAAAAGAGGAAACUAGAGGAGGAAGAAAAGAAAAGGAUUGAGGCAGAAGAGAAGAUUAGACGGGAUGAAGAGGAAAGGAUACGGAUGGAGGAAGAGAGGAGGAAAGAAGAGGAAGAGGAGAGAGUUAGGAGGCAGUUGGCAGAGGAAAAGAGGAUACUAGAAGAACAAGAAAGGAGGAGAAUUGAGGAAGAGGAAAGAAAGCAAAGGGAGGAAGAGGAAAUGAUUAGGAAAGAGGAGGAGAGGAGACGAGAGGAAGAGGAGAGGGCAAGGAAGGAAAAGGAAGAGAGAUUGGUAGAAGAAAAAAUUAGACAACAGGAACAAGAGAGGAAAAGGAUUGAGGAAGAGGAGAAAAUGAAACGGGAGGAAGAGGAGAGGAUUAGGAGGGAGGAGAAAGUUGAAAAGGAGAGGAAGGAAGAGGAAGCCAGGAAGCUGGAGAAAGAGAAGUUAAAGAGGGAAGCAGAAGAACAGAAGAAGAAGGAAACCAAACUCAAAGCUGCAGGGAAGAAAGUGUCCGUAGAGAGCCCUGCAGAAGUCACUACUACUAACCCGUUUGAUGAGAUUCCUGACUCACCUGAUGGACCCGACGGCAGCACGGCCAAGGUGUCAUCUGCCCGGCAAAGGGUUCAACCGACUGCGUCAUCGUUGGGAAGCCAGCCCGUUGCCAGUGAUGAAAAUGAUCCCACUGGUACUCAACGUGAGAGGCGACUGGCUCCUCAGCCUCCAGGAAGGGAUCAAGCAGAGAAACAGAGUCAGGACGGAUCGACUCGACAUCUGGCACAAAUCAACAAGAAGAAUAAAGACAAAGACGUCAAAACCGUCAGCGUUCCCCCUCAGCGCUCUGUGCAAAUGAUCGCUCCUCUGAGUAGGUCCCCCACGGAUACAAAGAACACCCAGAGCUUGACGCAAAGUAGUGCCACCAAAGAAACAAAUGUAGCCAAACCCAGUAAACGCCAUGCGCCGUCCAGACCUCGCUCUGUGGAUGAAGGGCCGUCAUCUGAACACAAAACAGCCCCGUCUUCUGAUGGCAACGUUUCCUGUGAACGUGGCCCUGAGGCGAAACAAGUCCCGAUCGUUUAUGGCUUGAAUCCUUUCGAUGACGACGAAGAUGAAAAUGCAACACAAGCUGCUGAUAAAGAUGACGCCUCUCAAACACAAAUCAAAUCCUCAAAGGCCCGCGCCCCCCCACUUCCUGCAAAGAAAGCUGCCACGUCGAGCACUUUGAUUAACCAAAACACUGAAGGAGACCAUGUUACAGAUGAUGAAGGUGUGACUGAUAACAGCGUGACCCACGCACGUGACCCCAAGUCGGAGGCCGUGCAUGUCCAGGAGGCUCCACUACAAGAGUCCCAGCCUGCGGCGGUGCAGAGAGCUGCAGAGGAGGCAGGUGGGAAGAAGGAGGUGCCUCCUGUAGCUACACGCAGGCUUCAACCUGUAAAACCCCUUAAUCCUUUGGAGCAGCAGUCUGUUUCAGUCGUUAAAGGGGAAAAAGAUAACAAAUCCGCAGGAAUCCUGCAGGAGAAAACAAAGGUAAAUGACACCGGGCUGAAGGGGCCAUACUCCCAGCUGACUCAAGAGGAACUCAUCUCUCUGGUGCUCAAGCAGGAAACCCAGCUGUCAGAGAGAGACAAAAAGAUAUCACACCUGGAGCAGUACAUCGACAACUUGCUUGUGCGCGUCAUGGAAGAAAAACCAAGUAUUCUCAUGUCCCUGAACUCUCUGAAAGCUGCCUAGGUGGAUUCACAGCUGACACUUUAUCCCCACUGUACCUAAUCAGUUUAGACCCAGUAAUCUGACCGUACCACAUCAGAAACUUCUAAAUACUUGUUGAUUGUAUUUUGAAACAGAAAAAUUAAGGUUUACAAGGUUUGGACAGUUCGAGGUCCCCAUACUGGCAAAUGAAUAAUGAUUAAAAUUUAAAUAUAUUUUGUAAAAGACAUCUGUUGCAUUUUCAGCUAAGAGCUUUUCUAUUGGGGGAUUAUGUCAAUUUGCAAUCAAAGAUGUUAAUAAGUACAAAGAUAUUCUACUUUUUUUGUAAUAUUUAGUAAUACUUUUGACUCUUUGCUACUGUAUGUGCAUGUUUGAUGUUUAAACAAUCUCUUUUGUGUAUUUGUUAUGAUUAUUUUCAUGUUGAGCACAACAUUGUUAUUGCUUUGUUAAAUGUCAAAUGUUGCCAACAUGUCAAACUUAAUUACUGUAGUUAAUGGUUAAAAAAAAUGCAGCUUCCUGUCCCCUGAAGAUAUCUCCACUUCUCCAGUAUGAAGAAGAGCCUUAUUUUACUGUCCAAACUAUGCACUAGUUAUGUAGAUAAUGUUUCUUGCUCUUGUACUGAAUGUCAAAGUUUACAUGAUUCUACUAACCCCCAAAAGGCACUUUACUCAGCUUACACUAACAUGAUGUACACUGAAUUAAUGUUCUGUGUUGUGAUAUUAAGAUAUGAAAAAUAAAAUAAACGUCUUUCUUGUUCAGAUAAACA